UUUCCGGGGUGGGCUUGGCGGGGUGGGCUUCCGGUUCUGUCGGCCCUGGCGCGGAAAAGACCAAAGAGGCCUGGGAGAUCCUUGCUGCUUUCUGCCCGCCAUGAGCUUCCUGAAGCGCAUCCCGGCUCCUACCGAAGGGGUCCGGCUGCGGCAGCCCGACACCGAGGCCGUGCUCGGGGGACAGGGCCUGGGCACCGGGAGCUUCUACAUCGCCGAGAGCCGUCUGUCAUGGAUAGAGACUUCGGGCCUUGGGUUCUCAUUGGACUAUCCCAUCAUAAGCUUGCAUGCCAUCUCCAGGGACCUGAGUGCCUAUCCGUGGGAGCAUUUGUACGUCAUGGUAAAUGCAAAGUUUGAAGCAGAAGAAUCAAAAGAAUCUUGCAUGGGAGAAGAGGAGGAGGAGGAAGAAGGAGGCAGCGAUGAUGAGCUUGAGCCCAUUUCAGAAUUCAGAUUUGUACCCAGCGACAAAUCUGCCUUGGAAGCGAUGUUCUCUGCGAUGUGUGAAUGCCAGGCCCUGCAUCCUGACCCUGAAGAUGAAGACUCUGACAAUUAUGACGGCGAGGAAUACGAUGUGGAAGCCCACGAGAUGGGCCAAGGUGACAUCCCUUCAUUCUACACCUACGAAGAAGGCUUAUCGCGUUUAACUGCUGAGGGUCAGGCUACAUUGGAGAGACUGGAGGGCAUGCUGGCCCAGUCAAUCAGCACGCAGUACCACAUGGCCGGGGUACGGACAGAAGAUUCUGUCAGAGACUUUGAAGAUGGGAUGGAGGUGGACACAGCACCAGCAGUUGCUGGGCAGUUUGAAGACGCAGAUGUUGAUCACUGAGCAGGAUGCCCGGAUUCUUCUCUCAGCAUUUCCAGAACAGGCUCUGCAAGCUUGAAGACGUUAUAACCGAAAUUGCCCUUUCUGUAUUAAUGGCCUAAAUGUGGAGAUUUAGGUCUGUAAAUGCUUUUAUAAAUGUGUUGAUAAAGCAGGACUUGACACUGUGGGGCUGGCUUUUUAAAAAAAUAUAUGAACUUGAGAAAACGGUAAUACCUUGGGUCUGAAUGGAGGGAUUAAUCAUGGUUUAUUGUUGGAAAGUCUUUACAGGAAUGAUAGCGAUUAAGGUAUAAAGUUGUCCUUAGAAUUCUAGAUUGUCCUAGAAUUUUCCACAUAUUUUUGUGCCUGCUUAUCCACAGCUGACGAUGUCUGACAUGACCAUGAUUCUGGUUUAGCUAGAGAGAUGAGAGGUGUGGUGGAGCUAGAGAGUCAAACAGAUUUUGAAACCUUUCAAGGAAUUGGCUCAUUCCAUUGGAUGCUCUUGUUUUGUCAUGGUUUUAGUGGCCUGGUUUGGCAUAGGGAUGCCAUCUGUACUGCCCCACAGAUAAGCUUCUUAUGUCUUUGUCAUAAAUGAAAAUAAAAUGGUUCAAUAAAUAUAAUUUUUGUACCUUA